AUGUCUGUCAGAGAAAUCACUACCUCCAACGACUUUGCAUCCCUCAAAAACAACAGCGCACUUCUCAUUGUUGAUUUCUUUGCGACCUGGUGCGGGCCAUGUAAGGUCAUUGCACCGCGAUUCGCUCAACUGGCUGCACGACCAGAAAACAAAGGCGCUGUAUUCAUUAAAGUGGAUGUGGAUAAAGUACGGGACGUGGCACAAUCAUGUGGUGUGACAGCGAUGCCUACAUUUCAAUGCUUUCACAAGGGUAAGAAGGUGGAUGAGUUGAAGGGUGCGGAUCCAUCGCGCUUGGAUGCCAUGAUUAAGAAGCAAGUAGCCAAAUAUGGUGCUGCAGAGGGAGCAUCUGGUGAUGCGAGUGGGUCUGGUAGUGGAUCAGGCAGUACGGGAUCGUUGAAUGGCAAUAUUGAUGUCAAGCAGCUUGAAAUGAGCAAUGCCACAGAAAGCAGUGCUGUGCGCGCUCUGUUUGAUCCCAACAGCAAGACGGUUGUGACGUCUGACAGUGAUGAGCAACUCAUGCUCUACAUUCCUUUCCAGGAGUCAUGCAAAGUACACAGUCUUGUGGUGCGUGUGAAUCCUGAGAAACGGCAACAUGCACCGAGCACAUUGAAGUUGUUUGUCAAUCAGCCCAACAUCUUGUCCUUUGACGAUGCAGGUUCUUUGCCUGCAACACAGGAGAUCACAGAUGUGCAGUAUAAUGAGAAGGGAGAGGCAACAAUUGCUCUGCGCUAUGUCAAGUUCCAGAAGUGCAUCUCGCUGGUGGUCUUUAUCGAGGCCAAUUGCGGUGAGGAGGAGGCGACGAUGCUGCGCAGUAUUGAGGUUCUGGGUGAGGUGGGUGCCAAUAAUGCGAGUGGGCCUAUCAAGAAGGUGGAGGAUGAUUGA